AUGGUUGCCACGGAUGACAACACAAGCACCCACUCAGGAAACGACAGCCUCGAUCUGGAAGAGGAGGAUAGGCGGUAUCUUGAGGCGCUGAAUGAUGAACAUCAUGUCGCAACCAAAACUACGCGACACCCGCUCGGACUCUUUUCGGUCGUUGCAAUCAUUCUACAGCAGAUGAUCGGGACGGGUAUAUUUCGAACACCAUGGACGCUGAUGCAGGUUACCGGGAGUGUAGGGAUCACACUGAUCUUCUGGUUCGUGGGCGCCAUCACUGCCAUGGCCGGAGCUGUCUUAUACAUCGAAUUCGGAGUUUCGUUACCACGGCAUUUGAUUGAUGGAAGAGUUGAGCCAGUUGUAAGGAACGGAGGAGAUCUUAAUUAUGUCAGCUACCUCAUCAAACGCCCAAAGUUUUUGGUCCUCUGCAUCUACGGCCUAAACUACAUCUUCCUGGCUUCCAGCGCUGCUAAUGCGUUGUCAUUCGGGGACGACGUCAUGGGCGGCUCCGGCACUGAUCGUCCUGCAGGCAAAGAUGCGGCUGCUCGUGGGCUUGCCAUGGUCGUAGUAACUCUGGCAUGUAUGCUCCAUGCUUUCACUCGCCGAGGGGGGAUUAUUCUCAACAACAUCGUGGUUGUUGUCAAGGUGUUGAUACUCUGCGCCUUUCCCGUCAUGGCCAUAUGCGUCUUAGCUGGUGUUACGGAUACGAAUCACGCAGCAGAGAACAUGAGGCCUUCCAACGCAUUUGCCAAUGUGCAUUCGAAUGUCGAUGGAUAUGUGCAAGGAACACUGGCGAUACUCUAUGCGUACAAUGGUUACAAUCAGGCCAACUACGUCCUUUGUGAAAUCAGCCGGCCACGGAAGACGCUAGUAAGGGGUAUUGUGAUUGCAAUGAUCGUCGUCAGCAAAGAGCAACAACUCACCACCCCGGACAUCGCCCUCCAAUUCCUCAUCAACAUCUUCGGCCGCACCCGCGCCCCCAAACUCCUCGCCUUCUUCACGACCGUCAACAGCCUAGGCAACAUCAUCGGCAUGACCUUCGCCGCCAGCCGUGUAAAGCAGGAAAUCGCCAAAGAAGGCGUCAUCCCCUUGGCCAAGUUCUUCGGCGAGAACCGCGUACUCUUUCGCGCCCGACGACGGAGAGGCACUCCACACCAAGACCAUCGUGCCUCACCAUCGAACCCUUCCAACGCGCCCCUAUCCGCAGUCCAGCAAGUCGAGCACGGGCGGGAACCCACCCCCUACGGCGCCCUCCUCCUCCACUGGCUCUUCGCCAUGCUCCUCAUCCUCCUCACCUGGCCGACCUCGAAACCCAUCUACGCCUACCGCAUCCUCGUAAACCUCUACUCGUACGUCACGGACGUGAUCCCCAGUUUCGCGCUGGGCAUCGGCAUGCUGUGUCUGCGCGCUUUCACGAAUUGGAGCACCAAGAGUCCCGUGCCCGGUUGGUUGAGCGUGUGUGCCGCGGCGCUGUUUACGGCGAGCAAUGGGUUUCCGCUCGUGGCGAUUUGGGUGCCUCCGAUAACGGCUGGGGAAGGAGGGGAUGCUGCGGCUGCGGCGGCCGCCGCCGCUGCGGCGAGGAAUAUCAUUCCGGGGUUUCCGUGGUACAUAACCGGUACGCUCUCGUUUGCGCUGAUCCUCUGCAGUGUCGGGUAUUGGGUCGUGUUUCGGUUUGUGUGGCCGAGGGUUGGGGUGAGGAGGGGGAAGGAGUUUGUUGUGGAGAGGGAGCCUGUGUUUAGGGUCGUGGAUGGCGUCAGGGUGGAGUGGCAUGAGAUUGUGCUGCAUAGUUGGAGGGUGAAGGGGGAGGGCGGUGGGAGGGCAAGGGGGGAGGCAACAGAUAAGGACCCCUAUCCGCAGUACCUGUUCGCAAAGUAUGGGCAUGUUGGAAACAUUUUCGAGGUUGAGCUUUUCCAAUUACUCUCAUCUACAUACACCAUCCUACACCUGGAGCGGAAAAAGGCGGCGAGCUAUAGAUCCGACAAAGAAGCGAACACAACGCCCUCCCCCGCGCCGGCCCAUCGCGGGAUAUAUACAAGAAAGGAAGAAAUAGAUGUAGCAGCCGCAUGCGCCGUCCUGUUCCGGACUCGAUCCUCCUCCACCGCUCACCCCUGA